AUGUCCUGCUAUGACCUGUACCCCUCCGCUGCCUGCGGUGCCCUCCGUCCCCAGCCCCUGGCUGACAGUGGGAACGAGCCGUGCGUCCGCCAGUGCCCUGACUCCACCACCGUGAUCCAGCCUCCCGCCGUGGUGGUCACCUUCCCCGGCCCCAUCCUCAGCUCCUUCCCCCAGGAUUCCGUGGUGGGAUCUGCUGGAGCACCCGUCCUUGCAGCCUCUGGGGCCUCCCUGGGCUAUGGAGGCUACGGGUCCCUGGGCUAUGGGGGCUACGGAUCCCUGGGCUACGGGGGUCUCUAUGGAUAUGGGGGUUAUGGAUCCCUGGGCUAUGGGGGCCUGUGGGGCUAUGGGGGUCUGGGCUCCUGUGGUGGGUACCGGGGCCUGUAUGGCUCUGGCAGAGCCUUUGGCUCUGGCUAUUGCAGCCCCUACUCCUGGUACGGCCGCUACGGCCGCGGCUUCUGGGGCUCCUGCUAA